AUGGUAACUCGGUCUACUCUUUUCCCAGCCAAUGCCCGUCCAGUAUCCCAAGCAGCUCCCGUCCUAAUUACGGGUGCCCCGGCUUCGACUCCGCAUUCGUCCGUGCAACCACUAACGCCCAGCGGGAAAGCCUUCACGAUAGCUGCCGCUACUACAGCUCCUGUUCCUCCAGUCUCCAAUUUAUCAGGAAUCAAGGCUAUCCCUGCUGUGGUGGCUGGAAAUAGCGCAGCUGAUAAAAUUAAUACCGGCAGCAACAACACCCAAAUUAGUGCAAAUGGACUAGCUAGUAACAUCACCGGUGGCGUCAACGAUCACCUGCCCACAGCAACACUAUCGCCAAGAUUGACGAUAUCGCAUACAGUGACGGCGGAUACGAUCACGCCCCCAACAGCCUCACCGACCGGAUCGGAGAAAAAACAUUUCCUCUUUGCCCCGGAGAUCGCCGCAAUCAAGCGUCGAUGUGCAGCUAACCUUCUGAGUCUGAUUCCGCUCAAUAUCGCACGAGCCUUCUUCGGCGCUCCGGCUUCUUCCAGGCAUGAUCGUACCUGCAGCACCACCACUGGGAGUUCAUCCUCGCUCACCACUAUCUCUUCUUCCGGAAAAUCCCCACCCGCUUUGAAAAACGAGGGUGGCGGAGACCAGGCGACUCGUUCUUCGCCUUCGCCUGGGGAACAGAAAAUUUCCUCGCCACUACAAUCUAAAUCCCUGCCGGCGUCUACAUUGUCAAAGCCAGGGCCCGGGAGUGUGACCGCUGCGGAGCAAGUUCCCCGCACAGGCGACCAGGAUGACGAGGCCGAAAUUGGGCCGGACGAAUUAUACCUACUUGAGACGAUCGAGACGGACCUGUUGGACCUUCUCGCAGAUGAGUACUGCAACAAACACCUCAUAUAUUCCAUCAUAGAGACCGUUUUGGUCAAGGUCUUGCCUGAACUGGCAGAGCGUAGUGUGGCAGAGUUGAUGGAAGACCGCGGUCUAGCUCCAGUUCCUAGUAGUCUCUAA